AUGCAUUAUGGAGUUCUUUUGUUGUAUGUUGAUGGUUUGACUUCUUACUACUUGCAUGUGACGAUUGUUUUUCAGAGUGCUGGCACUGUUCCUUCUGCCACAAACUCAAGGCUUUCACCUCUUCCUCCUGAACCUGCAGAUUUCUAUGAUCGUAAUGCCCCAAUUGAUAUUCCACUUGAUACAGCUUCGGAUUUGAAGAAGAAAGAGAGAGAACUCCAAGCUAAGGAAGCUGAAUUGAGAAAGAGAGAACAGGAAGUAAGACGGAAAGAAGAGGCUGCGGCACGAGCUGGUAUUGUUCUUGAGGAGAAAAAUUGGCCUCCAUUUUGCCCUAUCAUCCAUCAUGAUAUCGCCAAUGAAAUACCAAUUCAUCUGCAGAGGUUGCAGUAUGUUGCAUUUACAACAUUGUUGGGAUUGUUUGGGUGUCUUCUCUGGAAUAUUAUAGCCACUACCGCAGCAUGGAUUAAAGGAGGAGACCCAAAAAUCUGGUUCCUUGCUAUCAUCUACUUCAUUGCGGGGGUUCCAGGAGCCUAUGUGUUGUGGUAUCGUCCACUAUAUCGGGCAUUCAGGUCUGAGAGUGCUAUAAAAUUUGGGUGGUUUUUCCUGUUUUACUUGCUUCACAUUGGCUUCUGCAUUUUUGCUGCGGUUGCUCCUCCUAUAGUUUUCAAAGGAAAAUCUCUCACCGGUAUACUGCCUGCAGUAGAUCUAAUCAGCGGCAAAGCAUUAGUUGGGAUCUUCUACUUCAUUGGAUUCGGCAUGUUCUGUCUCGAGUCAGUGCUCAGCGUCUGGGUUAUUCAGCAAGUAUACAUGUACUUCCGAGGCAGUGGCAAAGCUGCAGAGAUGAAGCGCGAGGCUGCAAGAGGAGCCUUGAGAGCGGCAAUAUGA